AGUUUCAGAUAUGGUUGGUAAGGCAUACGACGUGAUAGUUGUCGGAGCCGGUAUUUUUGGAUCGUGCACGGCAUACCACUGCCAGCGGCUAGGCCUGCGUACUCUACUACUCGAACAGUAUAGUCUUGGACAUUCGAAUGGAAGUUCUCACGGAAAAAGCAGAAUUAUCCGAUACGCACACACUGAUCCAGAAUAUGUUCCACUUGUUGGAGAUUCGUAUUUGCAAAUUGAAGAGCUUGAGAAAAAACGAGGAGAAAAGUUAUGGAAUAAACUUGGACUGCUCUGGGCGGCGACGGGAAACCAAGUUGACUCCAUUUCUGGACACUUGAAAAAACAUAACAUUGACCAUGAAGUGCUCCCAGGAACAAAAAUUACUGAACGGUAUCCACAAUUCAAGUUUGACGAUAAAUGGACAGCACUGAUUGAUCCAAUGGGAGGCGUGAUUUAUGCUAACAAAUGGCUUAAAGCGUUUCAAGAAGAGUUCAUAACGCUUGGUGGCACUAUUCAAGACAAUGAACCGGUCAUUUCAUAUGGUGAAACUGAUAACGUGAUUGUAAACGUGAAAACGAGCACCGGAGAAUACAAAACCAACAAGAUCAUAUUCACAGUGGGAUGUUGGAUCACAAAGUUUUUUCCUAAUGUAAACUUCCAGAUCAAACCGAUUAGUCUUGCUGUGUGCUAUUGGAAUGCAAAAGAUGAGAAAAACAAUCAUCUUUUGGACGAGAAACAUUUCCCCGUUGUAAUUGCCAAAAACCUCGAGAAAAAGGAAUAUUUCUUUGCCCUGCCGGAUACAGAUUACCCAGGAGCUAUCAAAUUGGUAUUAGACGAAGGAGAUGACUUGGCAGGAGAUUUGAGUCAUCCAACAAAAAACAAUCAAGAACUUGUGACGAUCCCAGGAAGCUUUAUCAAAGAUCACAUUCCGGUGAUUGAUGGAUCCAGUCCGUAUAAAGUGGAUCAGUGUAAAUACACCAACUCCCCGGACCACCAUUAUCUCAUCGGACCAGUUUCGUCUGAAAACUCGAAAAUUCUUGUCGGGGGUUGUGGAUCAGGAUCGGGCUUUAAGACUGCUCCUGGAAUUGGACGUUCUCUGGCAGAAAUGGCAGCUGGAAAGUCUACUACAGUUGAUGUUACCUUUUUCUCACCGAGUCGCUUUGAGACUCCUGCUUGAGCUAUUAAAUUUUGUAAUAUUUAAUUAACUCGCAUUAAAAAAAAAUACAUGUAUUUUUCGAGUAUUCGAAAUAAGAUUAUGUUUAAAAAAAUAAAUUGUUUUCAAAGUUGUACUUUACACUU